ACCAAAAUAUGAACCAGAGUAUUGUACCGAUAGAUAAUGAGGACCAUAAGAUAACCGAAAAUAAACAGGAAGAACACGUGGAACCCAUGGCAUCCAACAGAAACAAAUUAAUAUUUUGUGCCCUUGGAACAUUUGUCUGUUACUUUUACUACGGCAUUUUGCAGGAAUCAAUCACUAAAGGAAAAUAUGGUGAAGGGGAAAAGAAAGAAAAGUUUACAUACACCUUGGCUUUGGUUUUUGUACAGUGUGUAAUAAAUGCCCUUGCGGCAAAGAUCAUAUUAUCAACAUGGCAUAAAGAAGAAGACCAAACACCAGUAAAAAUGAAUCUGUUUUGUUCCCUGUCCUACUUGGGAGCUAUGUUGGCCAGUAAUCAGGCUCUUCAACAUGUCAGUUACCCAACACAGGUACUUGGAAAAUCAGCUAAACCUAUACCAGUGUUAAUUCUUGGUAUUUUGCUUGCCAGGAAGAGGUAUCCAGCAUUGAAAUUUCUAUAUGUACUUCUCAUAGUUAUUGGUGUAGCAAUGUUUUUAUAUAAAGAUCAGAAUUCGUCUGGGAAGCCCUCAGUUUUAUUUGGAAUUGGAGAAAUGCUUUUACUUCUUUCUUUGACACUAGAUGGAGUUACAGGGGCUUUACAAGAAAAUAUGAGGUCCAAACAUAAAACAGGUCCAUACACUAUGAUGUUCCAAAUUAAUUUGUGGUCAGUGGCAUGGCUGUGUAUAGGUUUGAUAUUUACAGGAGAAGGAUUGUCAUUUCUAGGUUUUGUUGAAAGGCAUCCUGGAGUAAUUGUAAAAAUGUUAACUUUUAGUUGUGCCAGUGCUUUAGGCCAGAUGUUCAUAUUCAUGACAGUGACAUCAUUUGGACCAUUAACAUGUUCUAUCAUAACUACAACACGCAAAUUCUUUACAAUUCUUGCAUCAGUUAUUUUUUUCCAAAAUCCAAUGAACAAUAGACAGUGGGUUGGAACUGCUAUGGUGUUUACAGGACUUGGUUUAGACAGUGCAUAUGGAAAGGAAAAGAAAGAAAAGAAAGAUAAAAGAUAAUGAUUGUUAAUGUGUAGAUUUUUAUUUGUAUGUUAUGCUUGUUGAUGGUUAGAAUUGCUGUUUAAUGUUUGCUUGUAUAUUUUAUUCAUUUGAUGGGAUACUGCAGUUUUUAUAGGAUAAAACAGAAAUCAACAUUUUGUAAGUCCACCUGGUAUUAUUUUUUAUAUAUUUAACAAUUGUGAUGUAUGUAGAAUAUAUGAAGUAAAAAGUGAAAAAAAAUAUUUCAAAUGCAGUAGAUUAUGAGGAUUUUCAGACAGAUUUCACAGGUUUCUUUUAAGAGUGACAUUACAGUAUAAUUGCGGGUAAAUUAAUGAUUUAAAUGCUCAACUUUAUACACAAAUGAUGGCUGCAUUGGUAGGAACAUAUGAUGAAAUGUGAGAAUUUAUAUUUUCCUGAUAGAAAAAAAAACAUUUGUGCAUCCACUUUGAAUCUUAACAGUUCCUAUAAAAUGAUAGAUGAUUAUCAUCUUCUGUGUUCUUGUUUAAAAAAUAUUCUAGACUCAAAUUUUUUAUAUUGUUUAAUUAUCUCGAAACAGUCAGUUUUUUACCGCAAGAUGGUUUGCACCAGUUAGUAAGAAUAUUUGGGACCAAUAUUGAAGAAAUGGCAUUAAAUGAACAAAAUCAAGCAUACCAGACCAGUGGCGGAUCCAGAAAUUUUUAUAAGGGGGUGCCCACUGACUGCCAUUAGAGGGGCCCGCUUAGUCAUGCUUCAGUGAUUCCCUAAAUAACCAAAUUUUUCCCACAAAAGAGGGGGCCCAGGCACCCUGCCCCCUCCCCCCCACCCACCCACCCCAUCCUAAAUCCACCUCUGCAGACAUCUUUACCAUAACAGUUUGUAAUAGGGAUUGAUACGAUUUACAGAUUAGAGAAUAUCAGGCAAAAAAAAUAAGGAAUAGAGAAAAAUGGAUCAACAAAUAGAGAAA